AUGAACGCGACGAAGCUCGAGCUCUAUGACCAUCAUUCAGGAAGCAAUGGCCACGUCCACGUCACGUCUACAGCCCUGGGCCCCAUGGGCACCCUAGGGCCAUCGUCCAACACCCCAUCAGACUCUGACUCGGGCGUAGAUGACGACCGAGAUGGCUCCAAAAAGCGCAAGAGACCCAUGAACGUCACCUGCGAAGCCUGCAAGCAGCGGAAAGUGAAAUGUGACCGUGCCCAGCCUGCUUGCGGCUGGUGCUCUCGCAAUGAUCAUCCUUGUGAAUACAAAGAGCGGAAGAAGCCAGGCCUUCGAGCUGGUUAUGGUAGGGAGCUCGAAGGCAGACUCGAUCGCCUCGAAGCCCUGUUGAAUGAACAAAGCCGCCAGUUGGCGGCCCAUCUUGCAGAAUCAUGCACUAUUGCCGCGGGAAUCAACCCCGCUAGCAGUAGGCCCAGUGUGCAAGGCUUAGGUCCCGACGUUGCUCAGUCACGCUCCUCGUACGAUGCGCAGGGUAUUAAUGUCGCUGGAGAUCUCCAGCAACAGAUCAUCGACCCCAACUUGCAUGCUUCUACCUCUCGACAUGGUUCUCUACAGUAUCAACAGGGAGCCCCAGACCAGCAAAUGGCACAGCAGAGCCAUUACACUCCAUCCGCUCAUUCACAUGCACUCACCUCACCUCAUUCCACGACAGGAUAUCAGGGUACCCAAAUGUACAAUGAGUACUCGGCCAUGCUUCCUCCGUACGAUCUCCUUUAUGCUUUGGUGGACCUUUACUUCAAACACAUCAACAUAUGGCUGCCUUUGUUGGAUAGGAAGACCACCCUAGACACACUAUUCGGAGCUUCGACCCUCGACGAAGCAGACAGGGUGCUUCUGCAUGCCAUUGUAGCAACCACUCUACGCUUCUCGCAGGACCCUCGGCUGACCCCUGAAGGUCGCCAGCACUACCAUGAUACCUCCAAGCAACGUGUCCAGUUGUUUGGAUUGGAAAAUUCGAAUGUUCGAGCUCUCCAGGCACUCGUCAUUCUGGCCUUAGAUGUGACUGGGUCGACAAAUGGUCCGCCGGCAUGGAAUCUUCUUGCAUUAAUCAGCAGAAGCAUGGUACAACUGGGUCUUGCAGUGGAGUCCGGCUCUGCACUUGCCUCACCUAUGUAUCCCUCCAUUGCAACUCUCAGGGCCUCUGUUCUGCCAGAGCCCAAAUCAUGGAUCGAAGAUGAAGAACGACGCAGGCUCUUCUGGGCCGUGUACCUGCUUGACCGAUACGCGACCAUUGCCACAGCAUUCGAAUUCGCGCUGGAUGAGAAAGAGGUUGAUCGCCGUCUGCCUUGCAGAGAUGACCUCUUUGCAGCGAACAAGCCGGUCGAGACUAGGUGGUUCCGCCCCCCAGAGCGGCCUCGAUAUGCAACAGGCAUGGCCGACACUCACGGGCAUUUUUCCUGUCACUGCGAGCUCAUGGCUAUUCUGGGUCACAUUCACCAAUUCCUGAAACGGCCCGUGGACAUUGGGUCGUUGACCGACGUGGAGCAGUGGCAGGGCUCGUACCGAGCCCUCGACAGCGAUCUAAACGCGUGGCACUUUAGUCUGCCCGACGAGUUUGCCAACAUCACUCGGCUUCUAAAAUCCAAUGUGCCGGCUAAAAAUACAAACUGUGGCUGGAUCAUGCUGCAUGCGGCGUAUUGUCUAACGGUCAUUCGCUUGAACUCGUCGGCGGCAUACCCCAGCCAGAGUUCGCCCAUCUUCUCCUCAUCCUACAGUGCCAUGCAGCGGUGCCUAUCGGCCGUCGAGAACUUGCGUCAGCUCUGUCGCUUCGUUAAGCUCAGUGGCCUGCUGGACCGCUUCGGGCCCCCUUUUGCCUUCGCCAUCUGGGUCGGGGCACGGGUCAUGUUGGUGCACGGAUCGACCAUGGAUCACGAAGUGGACCCAGACAUUGACUUCUUCGUGACGACCCUCGCCGAGAUGGGGGAGAAUUGGCUAGUUGCUAAACGAUACAGCGAGAUUCUAAACCGGGUUCUAGGGGAAUAUCGACAGUCGCAGCGAGCUAGUGGAGUGACAGGGGAGAGAGUGACUCCGUCUACGGUGAAAAUCCUCGCCGAUAUGCGCCGAUGUGCCUACGAUCUCGACUUUCUCAUCUCUCGCCAGCCGCAUGCUGCGGCCGUCAAAUCAUACCACCCGACCCGAGCAAACACCCCGGCCCCCAACGAACUCGAGUAUCUCGAUGUUUUUGACCUUUUCAACUUCCCUCGAGUCCCCACGACACAGGAGGGGGUAGAAAACGGAAACGCACAGGCCCUGGGCCAAGCUGCGCCCCCGGAUCUCGCGGCGAUGAACGCUGCCAUGAUUCCGAAUUUUGCAGUCCCCAAUCCGGAAGCUGAUUGGCUCUUCCAUACAAAUUAA